AGAUCCUCUCUCUCUCUCUCUCUCUCUCUCUCUUGCAAUUUAUGUAUAAAAUGCCGUAUCAUUCUCUUCCUUGAUCUCUCUUUCUGCGUAUUCAACAAAAUUCUUGUUGCACUCUCUCACCAUUUUUCAUGUUUCCUCUCUUUCACAGAACCUAGAGGGUUUUCUUUUUCUCUUUCUUUUUCCUCACACUUUGUCGCGAAACAAAAACUCGCGCAUAACAAGCUUCAAAGGUGGUAUGUGUGCGGCUGUGAAUUUAUUUGUGAUUAUGGUGAUAUUAUCUAAGUUUGUACUUUUAGGCUUGGAAAUGGAGCGUUAAGGGUUAAUCGUGGGGUACAUUGUGGAGGGAUCGAAGGUGUUCUUUGAGUGUGGUUCUGGUGGUGCGCCUGGGGGUUGGGUGAAGAUGACUGAUUUUCAAUCGCUCCAACAGAAACCUGAAUCCACCGAUGCCUGCUCUGAGUUUGAGCGCGGGCUGGAGGAAUUGGUGCGUGGGCACUUGGAUGAUUGUAUGUCAUUCGCUUCGUGUAGCUCUACACGCACUCCUGAUGACGAGGAAGAUGAGGGUGAUCAGCUAGUUCGGAGGAGGAGGAGGUCUGAUUUGGAAGGUGAUGAUUUGGCAGAGUCAUCUGCUGCACGGUGUCGCCACUCUCGUAUUUUGAGUAGGUGGGCUGCCCGACAGGCGCAGGAGAUGAUAACCACAAUUGAGAGGAGGAACCACGAGUCUGAGUUGAUGGCGCUCGCACGUUUGCACACGGUUUCAAUGCUUGAUUCAUCUUUUUUGAGGGAGUCUCAGUCCCCGACCUCAAGGCGGCAGGGGGCUGUGGAGAGGCCGAAUACUCAGGCAUCUGCAAUUUUGCAAAGAUGGCGAGAGUUGGAGGAUGAGCAUCUGUUGAAUCGGAGGUUGAGGCAGCAAAGGAGUGUUGAGUCUAACACCAAUGUGUCAAGUACAAACAUUUCAGAAAGUCAGGAGAGUGAGAAUCAAGGGAGCUUGGGAGAUGCAAGCGAGAGUGAAAACGAGUUUGGGAGCUGGGCUCGUGAUCAGAUGGGCUUGCGGAAUGAGCAUGCAGAUAAUAACAGGUCUAGUAGGGAGCAAUCUCCUGAUCUUGGCGAAGUUGAGAGGGAGAGAGUCAGGCAGAUAGUUCGGGGCUGGAUGGAGAGUGACAUUAGCGAUCAUUCUUCAAACAUUGUUCAAAGAAACAAUAGUUCCAGAGCAGAAUGGCUUGGUGAAACAGAACGUGAAAGAGUGAGAAAUGUUAGGGAGUGGGUACAAAUGACAAGUCAACAGAGAGGAGCUCGUGGGAGCCGCAGGGAAGAUCAGUCUGGUGGUCUCAGUAGCCAGGUGGAUCAAGUUCGUGAUAGGGUGGCUGUUGACCAUGAUGAAGGCCAACCUGAUAAUAUUCGCAGGGACCUGUUGAGAUUACGUGGAAGACAAGCUCUUCUUGAUUUACUUAUGAGGAUUGAGAGAGAAAGACAGAGGGAGCUUCAGGGUUUAUUGGAGCAUCGAGCUGUCUCUGAUUUUGCUCAUCGCAACCGCAUCCAGUCAUUACUCAGAGGUAGAUUCUUGCGAAAUGAAAGACCUAUUGAAGAUGAGAGACCACCUUCUAUGGCAGCAAGUGAGUUAGUUCAGUUAAGACAAAGAAAUACUGUUUCUGGUUUAAGGGAAGGGUUCCGCUCCAGAUUAGAAACAAUUGUUCGUGGCCAAGUAGACAGCCAUUCUGAUACCACAUCUAACAAUGACAUCAACGAUCGUGGAAAUGGUCGGACUCAAACAAGUGUGUCACUACAUGUUGAACUUGAAAAUCAUGAACAAUCUCACUUUAGGAGUCCAGAGAGUGAUGUCAAUCAGUUGCCCGAUCAAACAGGAAACUUGGAAACCAAUAGAGCUGUUGAGAAUGUAGGUUGGCAAGAAACUGCUGGUAUAGGGGAUUGGCAGGAACAAAUCAGUGAAGUUGAGAGAGGAAACUGGCAACAGACAACCUUUCAUCAGUUUAGUGGGUGGAGAGAUGGCAAUGUCGAAGAUAUGGAUGCAAAUUGGCAAGAAAAUCCAGUCAAUGAUUGGCCCCAAGAAAUUCCAAGGAACAUAAGUGGAGAAGUGAGCCGUCCACAAGAAGCCCAGGGAGCUUGGCAUGAGGAUGGGUCCCGGGAGGCUGUUGGAAAUUGGUCAGAGGGGCCUUCUGCUCCUCCAAGAAAUCGUCGUGCUAUUCCAGUUAGAAGAUUUCAUAGAUUUCAUCCACCUGAUGACGAUAAUGUGUACAGUAUGGAACUCAGGGAACUUCUGAGCAGGAGAAGUGUUUCUAAUCUUCUUCGUAGCGGUUUCCGUGAAAGUCUAGACCAAUUAAUACAGUCAUAUGUGGAAAGGCAGGGGAGUUCUCCCCUUGACUGGGAUUUGCACCGAAACUUGCCUACACCAAUUUCUGCUUCACCUGAGCGGGAUCAGGAGCAACAGAGGGUUGAGCAGAAUGAGGAUCAACGUGCUGCCAUCAACAGACCUUCACUUGUUCUACCAUCUCCAUCCGUGCCGGUGCCCCCUCCACAGCCACUUUGGCACCAAGACUUACAUCACACUGGUUGGUCUCGGCAUAGCACACAUCGGGCAGAACUUGAAUGGGAGAUGAUUAAUGAUCUGAGAGCAGAUAUGGCAAGACUUCAGCAAGGAAUGAGCCACAUGCAGAGGAUGCUGGAGGCCUGCAUGGAUAUGCAACUAGAGUUGCAGCGCUCGGUGAGACAGGAAGUCUCUGCGGCUCUGAAUCGUUCAGAUGGUGAAAAAGGCAUGGGUGCUGAGACAUCGGAAGAUGGUUCUAGAUGGGGCCAUGUGAGGAAAGGGACUUGCUGUGUUUGUUGUGAUAGCCACAUAGAUUCACUCUUGUACAGAUGCGGGCACAUGUGCACUUGUUCAAAAUGCGCAAAUGAGUUAGUUCGUAGUGGAGGAAAAUGCCCAUUGUGUAGAGCGCCAAUCAUUGAGGUGAUCCGAGCUUAUUCUAUCAUGUAAAAAGGUAAAGUGUCGAAGAGGUUACAAAGGAAUAAAAUUAUGUUUAGAACGAGCGGUAACAGCCGAGGGAGCAAAUUCCACUUCCCUUGCAUCAAAUGGGAAGCUAAGCUCCCGAGGCUCCUGUGUGUAGAGUGGUAGAGUUCUUGCCAAUGUUUUUUCUAAUUUUAUGCGGAACAUCAUUGCAUUGUAUAAUUGGAAUAACAUAAUGGCACUGUUGAUUCAUCAUUCUUGCGUAAAUAAAAUAUCGAUAAUUCUUUUCUUUUCU